UAGGUAUAUAUAUUGAGGCAGAUACAAAUGCCAUUAAUUAAUUAGUCUGCUGUUGGGAAGCUAAACAGAAAUGUGUUAUGUGACUGUACUUAAAGCAAUAACUCUGUUUGAUGAUGUUAUUUCAUUUCAUUAUGUGCACAAAGGAGAGUAUAAUAUAUACUGUUGUUUAUUAGUGUAUUUUACAUUAUGAUAUUAACUAUAGGAUAUGUCAAGUUGCUUGAGUUGUUUUAAGAAACCGUACUUUUUGUUUAGUAUUCUAAUAUAUUAUUAUUAUUCUAAUAUAAUAUAAAAUGGCUAUGUAAAUAAUUAAUAGACUUAAAAACAUUGAGAUAUGAGAAGAAAUUAUAAUUAUCUAAAAGAUAAUAAUACAAAUUAAGUCAUGUAACAUCACUGAACAUAUCUUUUUGACUUUACUAUGGUGACCACUCAAGAUCUUCCUAUAGGAAAUGUUUCUUUUACAACUUUCCAACUGAGUGGUUUCAGUUCUUUGGGAGAAUGGCGGCGCUUUUUGUUUAUCCCAUAUUUCCUGAUGUUUAUGUUGUGCAUCAUUGCAAACUCUAUUCUGCUAUAUUUAAUUAUAUCCCAGAGAGCUCUGCACUCUCCGAUGUUUGUACUAAUCGGUGUAAUGGCUGUUCUAGACAUGCUUUUUCCAGCUGUUUUUGUACCAAACAUGCUGCUUAGCUUUUUAUUUGACUGGAAUCAGAUUUCUCUUGUGGGCUGUUUAAUGCAGAUAUUUUGGACUCAGACCGUUGGCGCAUUGCAGUCUACUCUGCUGCUGUGGAUGGCUGUGGAUCGGUUCUUUGCUAUAUGUAGACCCCUUUCUUAUCACAAACACAUGCAAGUAACCAACUUCCUGAAAUUUGUUAUUGUGCCCAUAAUCAGAAACAUGCUUAUAAACAUCAGUUUAGUUGCUUUGGCUGGAAAAUUGCAUUAUUGUAUGAAAAAUGAGAUCGAUCACUGUUUUUGUGAACACAUGGGUUUAGUCCAGCUGGCAUGUCAAGACACAACCAUUAAUAACUUAGUGGGGCUUACAGGUGUUUUAAUAAUAACAACAGCUGAUUUUAUAAUUAUUGCUAUAUCAUAUGUAAUAAUAUUUACCUCUGUCUUGAAAUCAGGGAAGUCCAGCUCAAAGGCUCUCAACACUUGUAUUACACAUAUAAUCGUCCUCAUAGUUGGUUUGGUGUUGGUCUUGUUAGCUCUUCUGGCAUAUAGAACUAAAAAUAAUUUUUCUCCAAAUGUCCGAACUUUUAUAAGCACAAUGUACAUACUAUUUCCAUGCUGUUUCAAUCCAGUAAUUUAUGGAGUGAGAACAAAAGAAAUAAGACUGCAGUUCUUAAAAUUAUUUAACCGUGUGAAAGUUUUUUCACAGUAAUUAUGUGAUGUUAAAAAAAAAAAACUUACAAUACUCAUGCCUUAAUAACUUUAACACCUGUACCGAAUCUUAGGCUCUCCU